UUAUCUGCAGCGCCAGAACAAAGGACCUUUUGAGUUUACUCUGGAUAAAGAAACUCGUUUAUGAAGAAGAUUUUCCCUGUAUCAUCCUCCCUCUUUAAUCUGAUCCUGGAUUGCAAUUUUCAGUUUUUGAGUCAUGAUGCAAGAAUCUGGGACUGAGACAAAAAGUAACGGUUCAGCCAUUCAGAAUGGAGCGAGCGGUGGCAACCAUUUACUAGAGUGCAGCCUGCGGGAAGUGAGAUCAAACGGCGAGACACCUUCAGUUGAAAUUGGGGCUGCAGAUUUAGCACAUCUUCAGCAACAGCAGGCUCUCCAGGUGGCACGGCAGCUUCUACUGCAACAGCAGCAGCAGCAACAGCAGCAGCAGCAGCAGCAACAAGUUAGUGGAUUAAAGUCUCCGAAGAGGAAUGACAAACAGCCAGCCCUUCAGGUUCCAGUGUCGGUGGCUAUGAUGACACCUCAAGUGAUCACUCCCCAGCAAAUGCAGCAGAUCCUCCAGCAACAAGUGCUAACUCCCCAGCAACUCCAAGUCCUGCUCCAACAGCAGCAGGCACUCAUGCUUCAACAGCAGCAGCUUCAAGAGUUUUAUAAGAAACAACAGGAACAGUUGCAGCUUCAACUUUUACAGCAACAACAUGCUGGAAAACAGCCUAAAGAGCCCCAGCAACAGCAGGUGGCUACGCAGCAGUUGGCCUUUCAGCAGCAACUCUUACAGAUGCAGCAGUUGCAACAGCAGCACCUCCUGUCUUUGCAGCGUCAGGGGCUGCUAACAAUCCAGCCUGGCCAGCCUACUCUGCCUUUGCAACCCCUUGCACAAGCCGGCAUGAUUCCAACAGAACUGCAGCAGCUCUGGAAGGAAGUGACAAGCUCGCACACAGCGGAGGAGGCAGCCAGCAACAACCACAGCAGCCUGGACCUGUCCACCACCUGCGUCUCCUCCUCCGCGCCAUCUAAGACCUCCUUAAUCAUCAACCCGCACGCCUCAACUAACGGACAGCUAUCGGUCCACACUCCUAAACGGGAGAGUUUAUCCCACGAGGAGCACUCACACAGCCAUCCGCUCUAUGGACACGGUGUAUGCAAAUGGCCAGGCUGUGAAGCAGUAUGUGAAGACUUCCAGUCGUUCCUAAAACAUCUCAACAGUGAGCAUGCGCUGGAUGAUAGAAGUACAGCCCAAUGUAGAGUACAAAUGCAGGUUGUACAGCAGUUAGAGCUACAGCUUGCAAAAGAUAAAGAGCGCCUGCAAGCCAUGAUGACACACCUGCAUGUGAAGUCAACUGAACCAAAAGCCACCCCUCAGCCCCUGAAUCUGGUAUCGAGCGUCACGCUUUCCAAGACGGCAUCCGAGGCGUCUCCGCAGAGCUUACCUCAUACUCCCACCACCCCGACUGCGCCCAUCACUCCCGUCACGCAGGGACCGUCGGUCAUCACUACCACGAGCAUGCACAACGUCGGACCCAUCCGGAGGCGGUACUCGGAUAAAUACAACGUCCCCAUUUCUUCAGAUAUUGCCCAGAACCAAGAAUUUUAUAAGAACGCAGAAGUUAGACCACCAUUCACGUAUGCAUCUUUAAUUAGACAGGCCAUCCUCGAAUCUCCAGAAAAACAGCUAACACUAAAUGAAAUCUACAACUGGUUCACGCGAAUGUUUGCUUACUUCAGACGCAACGCGGCAACGUGGAAGAAUGCAGUGCGUCAUAAUCUUAGUCUUCACAAGUGUUUUGUGCGAGUAGAAAACGUUAAAGGGGCAGUAUGGACAGUGGAUGAACUAGAGUUCCAAAAACGAAGGCCACAAAAGAUCAGUGGUAACCCUUCUCUUAUUAAAAACAUACAGACCAGCCACACCUACUGCACACCUCUCAAUGCUGCUUUACAGGCUUCAAUGGCUGAGAACAGUAUACCUCUAUACACUACUGCUUCCAUGGGAAAUCCCACUCUGGGCAAUUUAGCCAACGCAAUGAGGGAAGAGCUUAAUGGUGCAAUGGAGCAUACGAACAGUAACGGGAGUGACAGUAGUCCAGGACGUUCCCCUAUGCAAGCAAUGCACCCCGUGCAUGUCAAAGAAGAACCAUUAGAUCCAGAUGAAAAUGAAGGCCCGCUAUCCUUAGUGACAACAGCCAACCACAGUCCAGAUUUCGAUCACGACAGAGAUUAUGAAGAUGAACCUGUAAAUGAGGACAUAGAAUGAGUAUGUCUGACAUCAUUAUCCUGAGAAUGAAGAUUGGAAGAACACGUCAAACUUAGCUGUGAAAUCUCUCCAUUAUUGUACAGUCUGGAGGAUUCUCAGUCCACUUUGACAACUAUGAAAUAUGUUAACUCUUAGUGCCAUCAAGUAUCCCAUUUGGGAGUAUUUUUGAUUUUUCUACUUUUUGUUGAAAAAAGGAAUUUGUACUCUGUGCAUUGGAUGGACUUGUUUGGUACUUGGGAUUUUCCUCUCUUACAGUCAACAUCAGUGUUGUAAAUUUGCUAAACUGAUUCACUUGCAUUUAGCAGCCAGCUGUGGACUGCAGGUCCUGCCAAUUUUGGACACUUGAGGACAUCAAACUGAGCAUGUACACCUGAACUGCAGAUCAAGUCUUUGCCCAGAUUUUAAGGAUUCCAAUGGACAACAUAUUUGCACAGUACUGCAUGUUGAUUAUC